AUGAUGAGAAGGACAUCGAAAAAACAACAAAGAAAAAAAGAUUGGAAAAAAAAAAUGAGAAAAGAAAUUAAUAGUAACAGUGAAAAUCGUUAUUACAAGGACCAACAUUGUGGAUAUCCCAACACAUCAUUACCUACAAAAGACUAUAUUAAUCUCAUUAUUAUCAUGUCAGACACAGAAGAAAUUCCAGUUAUAGAGCAAGAAGAACUAGAUAACCCUUUGAGAAUAAUUUUAGUAAUAGACCACCCUGAAAACAAAGAAUCUAAUGAGAUGGAGGAACGUUUAUUGGAUUCCAUACAAAGUUUUAAACAGAUGGAUCAAUUUUUUGAUAAAUUUGAUGAAACAAUCGCCAUUCCUAAUGAAUCACAUAUUAAAUAUGAAGUAGGAAGUGAUGGGUUGGUGGUUAUUAUUGUGGAUAAUUUGAAGCUACGUGAUGAAGUAUUGGUAUUCAUUGAUGGGUAUAAUGAUGGCCAUGAAAAUGAUACAACCGAGAAUGAAGAUGAACCACAAGAUAAGAAGAAAUCGAAAAAGGAAUUAGAAGCUGGAAAGUAG